AUGUCGAGCUUCUCCAAGACCGCCAUGCACGCGACCUCCUCCGAGAGUGUCAUGCACAAGCCGCUAUUUGGAUACUUCGAACCCAGCAACUCUCACCAACAAUCUGAGUUGCGAAAUCAUCUGGUUGCCGCGACAGGCGAAUUCGUAGGCACAUACAUGUUCUUUCUCCUCGGUUUCCUGGGCCAUUCUGCCGCGAUGAGAGAGGACUCCUCUUCAACUACAGCGGUCACAAACUUGUAUAUUGCAUUGUCUUACAGCUUCUCUUACCUGGUCAGCAUCCAACUCAUGUACGCCGCACCACUUCAAUGGUCUCAUGAUCGAAGCUUAGGAGGUCCCAGGCAUGCCAUCAGCGGUGGCUUCUUUAAUCCAGUCGUCACGAUUGCUCUCGUUCUCUGCGGUGAGCUGCCUCCCGUACGAGGACUCAUCUUCUUACCGGCUCAGUUUCUCGGAGCUAUGCUGGCAGCGGAGACUGUGAGCGCGAUUAUACCUGGAGAUACGCACGCUCUCCAAACAUUCUUACAAGCAGAUGUACACGUUAUCCAGGGAUUGUUCUUGGAGAUGUGCCUCACAGCGAUCUUCGUUUUCGCGGUGCUUAUGAUGGCUGCCGACAAUCCCAAAUCGACUCCCACGUUUUCUAUUGCCAUUGGCCUCACCUACUUUGCCACUCAGCUGGCCGGCGGAGUCUAUACUGGCGCUUCCUUCAACCCAAUGCGGUCACUUGCGCCUUGCAUUGCCACAGGAGAUUUCCCUCCAUACCACUGGAUCUAUUGGAUCGGACCUUUGCUAGGGGCUCUCUUAGCCAGCAGCUACUACCACGUCAUUCGAUACUUCAACUACUGGCCAGUCGAGACAGAGCAAUCGAUAAAGCCCUGGACCAACCAGCCCCAGAACAAGACGGCAAACUCUUUCCGAAACAAGCCAACGGGACACGAAUGA